AUGGCGUCUCGGCUAGAUCGCCUUGUCACGCUCAUCGAGACGGGCAGUACUCGCCUGAUUCGGGAUGCUGCCGUAGAUCAGCUCGCCACAUGGCAAAAGGAACACCCCGAUGAGCUUUUCAAUCUACUCUCUCGGGUUGUCCCCUACUUGCGCCACAAAGACUGGGAAACCAGAUCAACUGCUGCCAAGGCUAUAGGCAAAAUCAUCGAAAAUGCACCGCAGUAUGACCCCAAUGCCGACGAGGAACCCGACGCGGUGAUGAAAGAUGAUGAUAGCAAUGGCUUCAUCAAGAAAGAAGAGGGCCCCCCAAAGCUCUCCCUUAGUGAGGAGGAGCAGUUCAGUCUUAGGACUCUGGACGUUAUCAACAUUCUCAAGUACGGAAGGUCCUUGCUCAGAAUUGGCGACAAAAGUGAUUGGGGCCUUGCAGCUCUCGAUCCACAGAGUCGGCUGAACCAUCAGAAAAGAACGCUCAAUGGCCGUCUGGGUCUCCUUGGACGUGAGUUUAAGGAUGAAGAGAUACCUGUCAUUAACGACGCCAUCCUCAGCCCUGCAACCCCUCUCGAUCCAGCUGCAGCUAAUGGCUUCGGCCGUCAUGACAGUGUCGGUUCCGCCCAAACUCAGAACGGUGAGACGGCCGGGCUUAGUGCACGACAGCUCAAUGUUCUCAAGCGAAAGCGGAAGAAGGAGGCUCAGAAGGCUGCUCAGGGCAAGAGCGGCUUCGGUGACCUCUCUUUGCGCCGAAACACAACCGCCGGCUCUGAGGGCUUUGAUGACACGCCGAUGGUGGAUGCCGACUCCAAGGGCGGCAAGAUGAAUGACUAUUUCAGCCUCGAUAGGCCCGCUGAUAUCGAAGAGGACACUAAGGUUGUCAGCGAAUACAAGGGGCCCAUUAUCCCCAUCAAGUCCGAGAUUGAGGCCGACGACAACUUGGAAGGGGUUGAAUGGCCAUACGAACGUCUCUGCGAUUUCCUCAAGGUCGACCUGUUUGAUCCUCAGUGGGAAACUCGUCAUGGCGCUGCCAUGGGCUUGCGCGAGGUAAUCAGGGUCCAUGGCGCUGGCGCGGGAAGAUUGAUGGCCAAGUCUCGAUCAGAGAACAACGAGCUCAAUCGGAAGUGGCUGGACGACCUCGCUUGUCGCCUAUGCUGCGUUUUGAUGCUGGACAGGUUCACAGAUUAUAGUUCCGAUACCUCUGUGGCACCUAUUCGUGAGACCGUCGGCCAGACACUUGGAUCCGUCCUUCGUCAUUGCCCUCCGGCAACCGUCCAUGCUAUUUACGAAUUGCUGUUCCGCAUGGUGAUGCAGAAAGAUCUUCAGCUCAACCACCAUGAGUGGGCCAUUUGCCACGGCGGCAUGAUUGGCCUUCGUUAUGUCGUUGCUGUGAGGAAGGACCUGCUCCUGCAGGAUACCGCCAUGAUUGAUGGCGUUAUUCUCGCUGUCAUGGAAGGAUUGGCCAACCAGGACGACGAUGUUCGCUCGGUCAGCGCGGCGACCCUGAUACCCAUGGCCAAGGAGUUUGUUAAGAUGCGCUCGGAUGCCCUCCCUGAUCUCAUCAACAUCGUUUGGGAAAGUCUCUCUAACCUUGGCGACGAUCUCAGUGCGUCCACAGGCAAGAUCAUGGACCUCUUGGCGACUCUUUGCAGUUUCCCAGAAGUCUUGGAAACCAUGAAGCACUCGGCGUCGCACGAUGAGGAGCGGUCGUUUACACUCCUUGUCCCGAGGCUUUACCCCUUCCUUCGUCAUACCAUUACCUCUGUCAGGCUUGCUGUCCUCAAGGCUUUGAUGACCUUCGUCAAGCUCGGAGGCGACACAACGCAAGGAUGGCUUGGUGGAAGGAUUCUGCGUCUAAUCUUCCAAAACAUCCUUGUCGAGAGGGAUCAGGAAACACUGAAUGCAUCUGUCGAUCUUUGGGCAGCCCUCGUCCGUACACUUGCUAACAACAACCCUGCGAUACUCGCUGAUGAGUUUGGACCACAUGUGGACACGCUCAUGCAGCUGACGCUGCAUCCUAUCGGUGUGUCUAGGAACCCCAUUCCCAUGAAUGCAAGCUUGUUUCAGAAGCCUUCUGGCGGAACCUAUUCCAUGCCAGGGCUUGUCGCGGGUGGUAACAGGAGGUCAUCGCCACCAGAAGGCGCGGAUAGGACUGUCAAACGGAGGAGAAAAUCGACCAAGGUUGACGAACCUCCUCCAACUUCCCAUACUCACGAUGUCGAUGGCCACAUGAUGCAGGGAGAUGUCGACCUCGUUGGUAUGGAUGUUCUGAUCCGCUCCCGCGUCUCGGCUGCUAAGGCCAUGGGCUUAGUCAUGGCCCUGGUCCCACCAUCAACCGUUGAAGCCUACGAUGCCAGUAUCAUCCCGGCCCUCUCAUCCGCAUACUCUUCAACUCAGCUUACUGCCAGCAUUAUCAUUGACGAGUACGCCAAGAACAGCGCCUCCAGUCAGGCAUCAACUCGCUUCGUCCAACCCUUGCUCGCAAUUAUUGAGCAAGAACGGCCAUCCCACUACCGAGACUUGGUUACCUAUGUGCAGCGAGUACGAUCACAAUCGCAACAGCUGCUUAACCUUUGUCGAGAUCAUGGCAAGGUUUCGCAGAGCAAGUUGCCCACUCUUGCUGUCGUGGUACAGGGCGAGCCCGAAGCUGGUCCCGGCGCUUUCUCUAUUGCGAACGCUGAGAAGGUUGUCAACGAAGAUUUUGAGAGGCUCAAGAAGAUCAUGGCUCCUGGUCAGCGGCUGAUUGCUGUCAAGGACCUCAAUGAUGCUCGCGAUCUCGUCGUUACUGCUAUUGAGGAGGCCAAGGCGGCAAAGGAAGCUCGGGAUACUCGUAUCCGUGCUGCUGCAGCAUGCGCCUUGGUAUCCAUGGAGGUGCUACCCAAGAAGCCCAGCCCACUCAUCAAGGCUAUUAUGGACAGCGUCAAGGGUGAGGAGAACAAUCUGCUUCAAGGUCGCUCGGCUACCAGCGUCGCGCGUCUUGUACAGCUCUUCACCGAGUCUGGCCGCCGCGGCCCCGGUGACAAGAUUGUUGCCAACUUGGUCAAGUAUACGUGUGUGGAAACUGCGGAAACCCCCGAGUUCCCUCAGCACGCUCACAAGACGAACGUUAUUCUUUCCAUGUCCAAGGAGGAGGACAGAGCCGAGCACGAGGAUCCAAUCAAAUUUGCGAUCGAAGCAAAGAAAGCUCACAUUACCCGACGCGGUGCCAAGCAGGCUUUGGAGGUGCUGUCGCAGACAUACGGACCUGAGCUUUUGAGCCGGGUGCCUAGUCUCCGCACCUUCAUGGAGGAGCCUUUGGUCAGAGCCUUCUCGGGUGAACUCCCAGCAGAGGCCAGAGAUCCUUCGAGCACGUUUGGUCAAGAGAUUGUGGAUGCCCUGUCCAUCAUUCGCACCAUGACCCCAACACUCCACACCGCACUUCACUCAUUCGUCAUGCAACAAGUGCCCUUUGUCAUCAAGGCUCUCCAGUCCCAGCUUUCGGUCUUCCGAUACAUGGCUGCCAAGUGUAUGGCCACCAUUUGCUCCGUCAUCACUGUCGAUGGUAUGACCGCACUUGUUGAAAAGGUUCUGCCCUCAAUCAACAACCCUGUCGAUCUCAACUUCCGCCAAGGCGCCAUUGAGGUUAUCUAUCAUUUGAUUGCAGUCAUGGGAGACGCCAUCCUGCCCUAUGUGAUUUUCCUCAUCGUGCCUGUCCUUGGUCGUAUGAGCGAUUCCGAUGACAACAUCCGUCUUAUUGCGACCACAUCAUUCGCUACUCUUGUCAAGCUCGUACCUCUUGAGGCUGGAAUUCCUGAUCCUCCCGGUCUUUCAGAGGAGCUCUUGCGUGGCCGAGACCGUGAACGAACGUUCAUUCAGCAGCUGCUUGACCCGAAGAAGGUCGAGCCGUUCCAGAUUCCUGUAGCCAUCAAGGCAGAGCUGCGUUCUUACCAGCAGGAAGGUGUCAACUGGCUCCAUUUCCUCAACAAAUAUCACCUCCAUGGUAUUCUCUGCGACGACAUGGGCCUCGGCAAGACGCUCCAGACAAUUUGCAUUGUCGCCAGUGACCAUCAUCAGCGUGCUGAAGAGUUUGCCAAGACCGGUGCGCCAGAUGUCAGAAGAUUGCCGUCUUUGAUCGUCUGCCCGCCCACCCUUUCAGGACAUUGGCAGCAGGAGAUCAAGAACUACGCUCCAUUCCUCAGCGUUAGGACCUACGUUGGUCCACCUGCUGAGCGAAAGGCUAUGAAAGACACUCUGGACAAGACCGACAUUGUCAUCACCUCGUAUGAUGUGUGCCGUAAUGACAUCGACGUCAUCAAGAAAUACAGUUGGAACUACGUGGUGCUUGAUGAGGGACACUUGAUCAAGAACCCCAAAGCAAAGAUCACCAUCGCCGUCAAGCAACUGGCCAGCAACCACCGUCUUAUCCUCACCGGUACACCGAUCCAGAACAAUGUGCUAGAAUUAUGGUCCUUGUUUGACUUCCUCAUGCCCGGCUUCUUGGGUGCAGAAAAGGUGUUCCUUGACAGAUUCGCGAAGCCCAUUGCCAACAGUCGAUAUAGCAAGGCGUCCUCGAAGGAACAAGAAGCAGGCGCUCUGGCUAUUGAGGCGCUGCAUAAGCAGGUCCUGCCCUUCCUUUUGCGACGUCUCAAGGAGGAAGUUCUUAACGACUUGCCACCCAAGAUUUUGCAGAACUACUAUUGCGACCUCAGCGACCUUCAACGCAAACUUUUCGAGGACUUCACCAAGAGGGAGGCGAAGAAGAUCACCGAGGAGGCGGGCCGUGAUGACAAGGAAGCCAAGGCCCACAUUUUCCAAGCUCUGCAGUACAUGCGCAAGCUUUGCAACUCUCCUGCGCUCGUCAUGAAGCCCGGUCACAAGCAGUACGAUGAUACACAGAAAUUCCUGGCCAAACGAAACACGAGCCUCGAGGAUCCAGCCCAUGCCCCCAAACUCACGGCACUCCGAGACUUGCUUGUCGACUGCGGUAUCGGUGUUGAAGGUCAAGAAUCGUCCGAUCCGCUCUACACGCCCAUUAAGCCUCAUCGUGCGCUCAUUUUCUGCCAGAUGAAGGAAAUGUUGGAUAUGGUUCAGAAUACCGUCCUCAAGACUAUGCUUCCCUCGGUAUCUCACCUUCGUCUUGACGGAUCCGUCGACCCUACCCGCCGUCAGGACAUUGUCAACAAGUUCAACAGUGACCCAUCAUACGAUGUGUUGCUGCUCACCACGAGCGUCGGUGGUCUUGGUCUCAACCUGACUGGUGCAGAUACUGUUAUCUUUGUUGAGCACGACUGGAACCCGCAGAAGGAUCUGCAGGCCAUGGAUCGCGCCCAUCGUAUCGGUCAGAAGAAGGUGGUCAACGUUUACCGCUUGAUCACCCGCGGAACACUUGAGGAGAAGAUUCUCAGUCUUCAGCGUUUCAAGAUCGACGUCGCCAGUACGGUAGUGAACCAGCAGAAUGCAGGACUUGCGACCAUGGAUACGGAUCAGAUUCUUGAUCUGUUCAACCUUGGUGAUGCCGGACCAAACCUCAUAACGGAGGGCAAGAACAAGGACAACCUUGAGGGCAGGGAGGAGGACAUGGUGGAUAUCGAGACGGGCGAUGUCAGGCAACCUGGCAAGAAGGCGGCUUGGCUCGAAGGCCUCGGGGAGCUGUGGGAUAAUUCACAGUACGAGGAAAGCUUCGAUCUCGACGGCUUCCUGAAGACUAUGCAGUGAGGGCCUGAAAGCUUCCCCUGAACCCAUCUGCUGUUCAAGGAACUGAGUACGUAUGUAUACCUGCUCAAGUCGUUGAUGAGCAGUGGGUAUGAACAAGUCAUGUACGACUAUCCCCACACGUAGCUUCGCAGCUCGCGCAUGCCAAGUGCCGAGCCGCGGUGGAUGGUGGAAGAACAAAGACAGGACUUGACGCCUGAUCACAGCGUUGCUGACAGGCCAUUGCCUGGAUAGACCCCCUGAGAGUGGGAACGGAAAGGAGACCACAUCUUCGGGUUUCAAUCAGUGAUGGUCAACUUCACGACUAUCGAUCGAGGUGGCAACAAGGACGCUCAAGUCUAUCACAUCAUAAAAUGACGAAGGGAACGAGAAGAAGAUUUGAUUGCCAUUGGCUGGAUGAACAUGGAAGCUACACAAAGGUAUCUGCUCACAAGAGGAUAAGUGAGGCGGAGGAGGAAUUUCGAGCAGUGCCCGUUUGUGCUCGAUCUGUAGGAUAUAUACAAUAACAGCAUUGUAUCUUGCUUUUUCUUGCU